AAACACAUCACGGCCGAGCUCCGCGCCUGGCGCUGCCGGGGAGCGCGCUGCCAGCCGGGGCUGGGGACCGGCCUCCCUCGCCUUCUGUCAGCCUCGAAUCCGCUGUCUUUCCCCCGUGGGCAGCAGCAAAAGCAAUUCUUAGAUUUUAUUAUAAAUCAGAAGAAAGCAACCGAAGGUUUUAUGGUUGUCUUCCUGUAAUAGUUUCUUUGCAAGGACACGGACUCUUGGCUUUCUCUUUCCGUGCCAUCAUAUUAGCUCAGUAUGUUAGGUCAGUAUCUGCUUCGAUUGAUGAUAACCCGCAGCAAUUCCUAUGAAAUUAAUUUAAGGGCACGCCUAUAAUUUUUUUUUCCUUAAAAAAAAUGAAAAACAACCUACUCUUUUCUAUGAGUCAGUCUGAGAUUUGGAGGCUUAAUAUGUAAUACCAGAGCUGCCUUUGGGCAUCAUGUCAGCUUUGCCAGUCUCACAUCAGUUGCUUGAGUGGCUUUUACCUACUCUCAAUCCAAAAAUGUGGAAAAAGAGCCAGCAGUGUCCGUGGGGAAUGUCGGUCAGCUGGCAGUAGAUCUGGUGAUUUCCACACUUGACAUGACUAAAGUUGGUUACUUCUACACCGAUUGCCUGGUGCCAAUGGUUGGAAAUAAUCCAUAUGCAACAGCAGAGGAAAACUCAGUGGAGCUGAGUAUAAAUGCUGAAGUGUACUCCUUACCUUCAAGGAAACUUGUAGUUCUGCAGAUCAGAUCACCUUUUAUAAAGAACAAGUACAGGCCAUUCUGUGAAACCCUGCUUUCUUGGGUGAAGAGCAGCAAGUGUGCCAGGGUUGUCCUUCUGUCCAGCAGCCACGCGUACCAGCGCGAUGAUGAGCAGCUUCUAGGGACACCUCUGCGCUACCUGCUCACACCUGAUCUGGAGAAAGCAGUUGGAGGCCGCAUGAAGGAGCUAAACUGGAAAGAAAUGGAAAAAGUAGCAGCUUAUCCUGGAAUAAAUAGUACAGACAAAGUUCUGCAUAUACCUGGAGGUGGCAUCACAAAACUAUUGUUUACUGAGAGCUGUUCAGAGGGAAUCCAAAUGGCAGUUCUUCUGAAAUUUUGCUCAGAAGGAGACAACAUCCCUGAUGCAUUUGUUCUUGUUAACUAUCUUAAUGAAUGGCUCCAGUUAAUUAAAAGUGAAAGCAACAAUUCCACAGAUCCUUCUUCACAGUGGAAGAUACCGAGUUCUUGGCGCCUACUUUUUGGCAAUGGUCUCCCACCUGCCCUCUUCUGAUCAGCUCUGAACUCGCUGUGAGUCCCGUGUGUGGUCGCAGAUGUCCCUUGAGGUGGUGAUUACUCAGUAAUUGCCAAGGAGCAGCAGCUUGCUUUGGUGUCUACAUAAAUGCUUUAUUUAAGAAAAAUUCCUUUUGUGUAUGUAGGUUGCUAAAGAAAUUAAGGUAACUUUCACAAACUCACCAAAGAAAUAUGUUUUGUACAGUUGUUUAUUGAGUAACUUUGGUUGGAAGUUUUUUCUAAUAAAAUAUUUUUUAAGAAA